UACAUCUAUCAGUUUGAACUUGAUAUAAGUUUGAUCUUUUGACUAUCUAUGCUACGAUAUACUUCUAAACUUAUAACAAAACCAGAUCAGAUCGUGAUCAAGUGUAUAUCAAAACGGAACUCUAGAUUUGAACAGUCCAAUCAAAUUCAGAAAAUGAAGUUGAUGGUGUUUGCGUCCUUGGCCGUGAUUGUGUUUGGCCAGCAUUUGAAUACCCAUGAACUCCAGCAACUUGUUGAUGCUGGAUUUGUUUCAUUGGAUGUUAACCCCAAAGACAACCUUCUGGAAUACGACGAACUCGUCACUUUAUUUAACCAGAAAGAUGUGGACGGCGAUGGCCUAUUGUCUAUGACCGAGUUUCAGGCUCAUGUUGGGGCGGACUUUUUAUUCGCUGAACCACUAUUCAACAAUUAUGACGUUAAUAAAGACCAGAAACUGAGCGUGCAGGAAUUUGUGGACAAUGCCUACCAUGCAAUGAACACAAAUGGAGAUACUCAAGUGACAAGACAUGAGUUUGACCACUACUACACGCAGCUACUUCAUCAUUUGAAUCAGCAUCAUGGAUAGUGCAGAGCAAUGUUUGUUUUAAAAAAACAAUAAAGAUAUUACUGUAAAUA